AUGCCUCUCCACUUCGGUUGGCGCUCCAUUGCGCUCUCACUAGCUGCAUUGACUCCUGUCGCCCUCGCUGACAUUUGUCAAACGCUUGCAGCCGGCGGCAUCGACAUCGAAUAUCCCGUUUCGAUCAGCUAUGCAGCCGACUUGACUAACUACUGGUCUGCGGCAUGCGGAGACCUCAAGCCGAAAUGCAUUGCCGCACCUUCUAGCGCUGCCGAGAUGUCGCAGGUAAUUCAAGAAUUGCACAAUGUCGAUACAUUGUUUGCUGUCAAGUCCGGCGGCCACAUGCCGAACAACGGCUUUGCCAGCAUCCAGGACGGUCUGUUGGUGUCGACCAAGAACCUCGAUCAAGUCUUUUACAUACCCGAGGACCAGACCGCCAAGAUUGGACCGGGUCUGUCAUGGGAGGAGGCUCAAAAGGGACUUGAUGGGACUGGUCGUGCUGUCGUUGGAGGUCGUCUUGGUGGUGUGGGUAUUGGAGGGUAUAUAUUGGGAGGUGGUAUGAGUUUCCUGAGCACUCAGUAUGGCUGGGCUGCCAACAAUGUGGUCAAUUACGAAGUUGUGCUGGCCAACGGCACAGUGGUCAAUGCUAGUGAAAAGGAAAACACAGAUCUCUUUGCGGCUCUUAAGGGUGGUGGCAACAAUUUUGGAAUUGUCACAUCUUACACCAUGCAAACCCAUCCUAUCGGCAAAGUCUGGGGCGGCAACUACGUCUUCACGGCGGACAAAACGCCCAAACUGCUGGAAGCAGUCCGGAAUUUUGUGGACAACUACCCUGAUGACAAAGCGGCGAUCAUAUUGACCGCGGAGCAUGGCUUACUCCUGAAUACUUGGAUCAUGUUCCUCUUCUACGAUGGCCCCGAGCCCCCCGCGGGAGUGUUUGACGAAUUUACUGCAAUUGGACACACCUCCACGACCAAGACAUGGGACUCUUACUAUGAUCUGCUCAAACACAACGACUUUUUCAUCCUGCAUGGACAACGAUACUCAAUUGCCACAGAAACGACGCCGGUGCCAAAUAGCACAGUGGGAGUUGGACCGAUCCAGGAUAUCUACGAUCACUGGUUCGAGGUCUCAAAGUCCGUCCUUGAAGUGACAGGCCUUAUUGCAUCCAUUGCCUUCCAGCCCGUUCCCAAGAGCUUCUCUGAAAAGGCCAAGGCUCGCGGUGGUGAUCUUCUCAACGUUCCCACCGACACGAAUUACAUCUUCGUCGAACUCGACUAUUCCUGGUCCCUCGCUCUCGACGACGCCAAGAUCGACCAAGCCAAUCAACAACUUUAUCAAGGAAUGGACAAUUUCAUCCAGAGUAAUGUUGAUAAGGGUCUCCUCCCUGAUGUCUAUAGGCCCUUGUUCAUGAACGAUGCCUAUUUCCGCCAGGAUUAUUGGGGUCGUAUCGAUCCUGCUUCGAAAGCAUCCGCGCUGCAGGCACGAUUGCGCUAUGAUCCGGAGGGAUUCUUCCAAAAGAGAACGAGUGGUGGUUGGAGACUCAACUAG